GCGACGGAAGCAGCGGCAGAAUGCUGGUCGACAAGUGCUCGCAAGAAAAGAGGAUGGCAAUGAACCCCUCAUGGUGGCUGUUAAGCAGGAGAAUCCGGAGUUUGACAGGUCCUCUUCUGCCGAGGAAGCUGCAGAGGAGUCUGGGCAACCAGAUCAGGAGGUCGUCUCGGCUCGAUUCGAGGCCGAGAAGCGCUGCCGUGAGGAGCUGCAAAAACGGCUGAAGGCAGAGGAAGAGGAGCUCAGAUGGCGACAAAUCAAUCCACCCGAAAGGACCCCGGUGGUGGUGCCUGCUCGGAUCCAGGUGCCCUCGCUGCUGAGCGAAGCGGAGCGCCGGGCCCGCGCCGAACUCCAGGCGAGGCUCAAGGAAGAGGAGCGCCUUAUUCAAGAGGAGAGGGCCAAAGCCCAGCUUCAAGCGAGGCUGCAGGCUGAAGCUGCGCAGGCACAGGCCAAGGCUAUGGCAGAGGCGCAGAAGGCGCAGGCGGAAGCCGCAAAGGCUCGUGCCAAGGCGGAGGCUGAGGCCCAAGCCCGUGCGCGGGCAGCA